UUUGUUCCAAUUGAUGUGGUUAGCCAAAAAUUGAUGGUGCAAGGAUACUCAGGCCAUGCGACCUAUAAUGGGGGACUAGAUGUUGCUAGCAAGGUUUUGAAGGUGGAUGGCAUUCGGGGACUAUACAGGGGGUUCGGUCUAUCAGUCAUGACUUAUUCCCCAUCUAGUGCUGUAUGGUGGGCAAGUUAUGGUUCCAGCCAACGCUUGAUCUGGAGUUAAUGCAUGUUUUUUUGAACAAGAGGUAAUGCAUGUUUGCUCAAUUUGAUUUAGUGGUUGAUGUGUUGUGGGAGAUCAUUAAAUUUAGAACUCUGGUCCAACAAGUGAUUGUUCCUCGUUUAGUUAAUCUUCUUAACCCCUCUGUGGACUUUGUUUUAUAAUUUAGAAAAUUUUCUAUUGUAAACCCCCAAGUCAGUUAUCCUCAAUGAAAGCCAUGUCUGUCCGCAACUAGUGUUCACUAUGCCUAAUGAUCUGAAGAUUUCUUACUUUCCUGUGAUAUUGCCUUUAUGUGAAGGCAAUACUUGAGUGGUCUAGGUAUAUAAGUUGUGCUUUUCUUGGAUUACGUCAUAAUGAGGAACGGGUCAUUUUUUAAAUGCAUUAUAUAUUUUUCAUCAUCCAUUUUGGUUCUCCAUUCACUUGAUACAGUAUAUAUUUUUUUAAUUUAAAAUUUUUCUGCAUGAUUUUCUUUU